AUGGCUCGUAGCUUCGGGGUGUCCCUUGACUUCAUUGACAGUUGUCUGUGUUGGGAGCUGUCAAAGAAGGGAGGGGGGGUGCGAGUGGUGGCAUACUCUCAGUUCCUGGAGAGCUACAAGAGUGUCACAGCGGACGCCAUGGCUCGUAGCUUCGGGGUGUCCCUUGACUUCAUUGACAGUUGUCUGUGUUGGGAGCUGUCAAAGAAGGGAGGGGGGGUGCGAGUGGUGGCAUACUCUCAGUUCCUGGAGAGCUACAAGAGCGCCACUGCAGACGCCAUGGCGCGGAGCUUCGGG